AUCUUCCACAACCCGGCCACCCACGAGCUGGUCAGCAUAGUGUACCUGGGCGCCUCGAUCGCCGGCUGGCCGGGGGUGGUCCACGGCGGGGCCAUCGCGACGGUGCUCGACGAGACGCUCGGCCGGUGCGCCGUGCGCAUGUUCCCCGCCCGCACGGGCGUCACGGCCAACCUCGAGAUGGACUACAAGGCGCCCACGCGGACCGAAGGGUUCUACGUGAUUCGGGACAAGGGCAACGGCAAGGGGGACAGGAAGCGCUGGGUCGUGGGCUCGCUCGAGAGGAUGGACGGCACCGUCUGCGUCAAGGCCAAGGCGCUGUUCGUCGUGCCCAAGGGGGUCAAGCUGGGCCCGAUCGCUGAUCGGUACUGA